UACCCGGCCUACUAUAACCAUAGAUCCGACGGUCGAAAAAUCCUUAUAUAAAUAGCUCAAAACCCUAGCUCGAUCCACCCUUCUUCAUUUCCGCCUCUCUCUCAUCCCGUGGGACAAAACCCUAGUCAAAAUGCCGUUCAAGCGUUACGUGGAGAUCGGGAGGGUGGCUCUGGUUAACUACGGCAAGGAGUAUGGCAGGCUCGUGGUCAUCGUCGACGUCAUUGACCAAAACAGAGCUCUUGUGGAUGCUCCUGACAUGGUGAGAUGUCAAAUGAACUUUAAGAGGCUGUCUCUCACUGAUAUCACCAUUGACAUCAAAAGGGUCCCGAAUAAGAAAACACUGGUUGCAGCAAUGGAGGCCGCAGAUGUUAAGAACAAGUGGGAGAAUAGUUCCUGGGGCAGAAAGCUGAUUGUGCAAAAACGAAGGGCCGCUCUUAAUGAUUUUGAUAGGUUCAAGCUGAUGUUGGCAAAAAUUAAGAGGGGUGGACUCGUCAGACAAGAGCUUGCGAAGCUGAAAAAGCAGAAUGCAGCCUAAGCGUUACGCGUCUAAGAUGAUGUCCGAAUUUUGUUAUGAGUUUUUGCAGGUUGUACUGAUGGCUGGUUUUGAUUUGUUUCUUUCUAAAUUACAAUUGGAGAACCUUUCGUAUUGUGUAAGAGAUCCCAGAAUUUACUUAUUUCGGUGUGUUAGUUUUCCUGAUGAUGCAUUGUCGUAUGAACCAAGAACGUUUAAUCAUUAUGGAUUUGGAAUGGUUUUUAUGCCCAA